AGAGCUACAGAGUCGUUAUGAAAGAGAAAACGUUUGUCUUCCUCUCGAUGUUUUUGUUGGCAGCAGUCAAGAGUCACCCGCAUACGACAGACUUCAAGCCAUCUAUUCAUGCGGUUACACCAAGAAGUGUAAUACCGGGUGAGACGUUUGUUGUCUACGUUCACAAUGAAGCCACCCACCCUCCCAGUACACAGCUGAUAUCUGUAAAUCUACGCCAUCAAACUGGUCUAACACUGGCAGAUGGUGGAACACGAUCAAUAAAAUCAGGUUCGUUUAACAAGUUCUUAUUGAAGACACCACUGGAUGCUGAGCCAUCAGUUAGCAACUACACGUACUACAUUACCGUCAACAACGCAGAUGGUAUAGGUACAAAACUAAACAAAAAUUUAUCAGUGGCAGUUCUAGGAAAGAGCAAAAUCAUCCUGGUUCAAACUGACAAGCCCAUUUACAAACCUGGAGAAACAGUAAUGGGAAGAGCAAUCGUUCUUGAUCGUCAAACAAAGUCUGCUGCAGGUGCUGUUACAGUUACAAUACAGAACCCUCGUUUGUACACAAUGGCACGGUAUUUUAACAUUUCUCUUGAUUAUGGAGUUGCCAAUUUCGAGUUUCCUCUAUCGUCAGAGCCUGUGCUGGGAACGCAUCGACUGUGUGCUACUUAUGAAGUAAGUGAUGCAGAUUAUGUAUUGACCAGGUAUACGUAUGGUCAAAAAGUUAAGGGAUUUCUAUCAGCAUCAGUGGUGCCAAGUUACUCGUGGGCAAACUGUCGUCGCCUACUGAUUGUGCUUAAGAAGAUUGAUGGAACAACGGAUAUGUGCAUUGACGUCUGCUCGAAAAGAUGGUACUGUACAGGAGACGCAGUAAUCGAGGUCAACGUAACAGAUUCCUCGUCUGAAACAACUGUCCAAUGCGAGGGAAAGACCCGUGUACCUUUCAGGCAUAGACCCUACAAACUCAAAAUUAUUCAAGAAGAUUUCGGAUUCCACCCUUGUCAUACAAUUUUCGUGAAAGUCGCUGCUUCAACCUUGUCUGGAAAUCCGAAAUUGGCAUAUAUUAAAUUGGAUGUUUCAUUGGAUACAAAAAACAAGAAAUCUUGCAGAGUAGACAAACCACGUUUACUAGGACCUCUAUACCAAUUGACCGACGGCAGAGGUAUAGCAACAUUCUCUGUUUGUAUGCCUUGCAGUGCGUUAAGAGUCAGAUUCUAUGCGUCAGCAGUACCAGAAGCAAACGGGACCAGUCAGUUCACUACGGCAUAUAGCUACCGAACGCUCAUCCAUUCUCCAGAAAGAAUUGCAUUAUCAAGCAACAAACAAAAUGUGCAGAUUGGACAAUUAGCAAAACUUACGGCUUCGUUUUCUAAUGCAGCAGGAGCGGAUUACUACGUGGUUCAUGGUGGACAGAUUGUUGACCACGGCCGUUGCUCACCAAAGAGUGACAGGAAAGCUCGCAAUAAGCACAAACAGUUGUGCAAAACGGGAAGAAUUAGAAGAACUUGCUAUAUUUCAUUCGAGGUGACAUCUUCUAUGGCUCCCAAGGUUACUCUAGUCGUUAGCCAGAGGGCACUCGCAGCUUCACGCAUUACGUUUGAUGUCACUCGGAGUACCGAAUCUGCGAUAUCGCUAAAAUUCCAAGAGAAAGAAGCAAAGCCAGGCGACAAGACCAAUCUGCUGAUUAGUGCAUCGCCAAUGUCAUACGUAGGCGUGGUAGCAGUGGAUCAAAGCGUUUAUAUUCAACAAGAUAAAAAUCAACUAACGUCUUCUAAAUUGUAUGAAGAAGUAAACAAGUUCGCUGACCCCAUACUAUUGCCAGAAGAGACUAAUGAUGCAUACUACGUGUGUGGUUGGCGAGCGCAAUGGUAUUGUCCUUGCAAGUGUAACGAUCAUCUUACACCGACAAAUCCAACGGAAAAUUACGCAUUCGCAACUGAUACGUUUAGGCCAGUUAAUCCUUCGACUAUUACACGAAACAACGACAGAGAAAACCCAGGACUACUUAGACGUACAAGAGACAUUGGCAGAAGCAAAAGACGAAGAUCAAUCUUUGACCAAUUUUCAGCUACACUAUCAUCAACAACAACAACAACAACAACAACAACAACACCAUCAACCAUUCCAGAAGGGAUUAAAAGAGAAUGCUGUCGACGGCGUUGCACUAGAGUGGACUUUUAUGAAAAGUAUUGUUCUUAUUACAAAGCAAACAGUGAUUUUACAGCAUCCGGAAUUCAACUGUCUGACAGCGAAAUGGCACCUCCUACUGCUUGCCAGAAACCAAAACAUCCACCUAAACCUAACAUCGAAACUGGCUGUUGUGCCAGAUGGUGGCCAUGGAUAGGAGGAGGCGAUUAUGAUUAUUUGUAUCAUCACGACGGCGAGGUUGUGUAUUCAUUGGCGACUUCUAUACCUAGCCCGCAAAAUGGCGAAAUGGCUGCACAUGUGCCUUCCGUAUCAAGACUGCCAGAACGUUUGAGUCUUGGUGAAAGCGAUGGUUUGGUAAGUCCGUCUCGUGUGCGAGCACAUUUUCCUGAAACUUGGUUGUGGUUUGAACGAAAAACUAGAAACAAUACACUAAAUGAAGAAGUUACUGUUCCCGAUUCCAUCACGUCGUGGGUAGCAGAUGCGUUUGUUGUAUCUCCGUCACGAUCAAUGUCCAUCGCAAGUUCUGCAACUCUAACGGUCUUCAAGCCAUUCUUUAUCACUAUCAAUCUUCCAUAUUCGGUAAUAAGAGGAGAACUAGUAGAGAUUACUCUGACCGUCUACAACUAUCUUGAAACCAGACUAACCGUCUUUGUGGACCUACUCGUGGAUAACAAUGAUGUGCGAAUAGUUCAAGGAAAACGAGACAAAUCUGCACUAAAUCAGCAAACAAGAACAUUGAACGUUUUACGUGGAGAGGGAAAAUUGAUAUCAUAUUUUCUCUUGCCUCUGAGAAACGGCUACUUGCCAAUUACAGCCACAGCGAGAUCUACAUCAGCGGCAGACAGCUUGAAAAGAAAUCUAAUUGUCGAACCUGAAGGUGUUAAAGAAGAGUAUGGCCAGUCUACACUUCUCUGUUUGCAAGCUGAUGAUAAUUCCACAUCUGGACUUCGUUCUAACGAUAAGAAUCAUCGCAUCACACAUAUCUUCAAUGCGUCACUGCCACCUGACUUUGUUCCAGACUCGGAGAGUGCAACUGUUUCCAUAACAGCAAAUUACAUGGGACCAACAAUCGAGGGUUUGGAAAAUUUGCUGCGAUUACCGACAGGCUGUGGAGAACAGAACAUGCUCAAUUUUGCUCCUGCUGUCUACAUCGCACGCUACCUCGACACAGUCGGUCAACUCGAUGAUGCAACUAGAAAGAAAGCUCUUCACUUCAUGCAAACAGGAUAUCAAAAAGAAAUGACGUAUCAACGAGAAGAUGGAUCCUACAGCAUUUUUGGAAACCUUGAUCGCUGCGGCAGCAUGUGGUUGACGGCGUUUGUAUUGAGAUCAUUUGGUCAAGCAGACGGUCUAAUUGGAAUGUCGAUAGAUGAAAGAGUGCAGGGCGAGGCUAUAAAAUUUGUCAAAAACAACCAGAACGCAGACGGCUCCUUUCCUUCUAUUUGCAGUCCGAUAGACAAAGAAAUGCAAGGAUGCAGCGGUGGUGAAUGCUCAUUAACGGCUUACGUGGCCUUAUCUCUUCUGGAAGCAGGAAUAUUUCCAAAAGAUCGAAGGAUCAAGUUGGCUCUGGAUUAUCUAUCAAGCAGAUGCAUAGAUCUGAACUGUGGUAGCCCGUAUAAUCUCGCUCUAAUUGCUUUCACGUUGUCUAAGGCUGUAGGAUAUGACAAUGAAACAGCAAAAGCUCUAAAUGCUCUCAAGGAGUGUGCAAUUACAGAAGACGACCACACUCAUUGGCAGUAUUCGACUCAAAGAACAUGUCACAACCCAUGGCCGUGGUCUUAUGACUGCCGCACAAGUUCAUGUGACGUGGAAACGUCCGCUUACGCAUUGUUGGCAUUUACAAAUCAAGAAAACAUUGCUUACAGCUUGCCGAUAGUCCGUUGGUUAAUCGAACAACGUAACCGUCGAGGAGGAUUCAAGUCAACUCAAGACACUGUGGUGGCUCUUCAAGCUCUCUCUGAGUACGCCAAAUUGACGGAGUCUGAUGGGCGUAUCGCUGCAGACGUAUCUCUGAAGGCUAAUCAACUCACACAGACCCUAUCACUUGACUCAUCAAAUGCUAUGCAAGUGCAAACCGUUACACUGUCAAGUCUGCCAACACUGAUUAAUGUUACAGCCAACGGCAAGGGUUGUAUAUUAGCAUCCGUUGGUGUUAUGUACAACGUACCUAAACCUGACAAGAUUGCAGCCUUUCACGUUUCUGCAACAGCUGCACUACAGAGAGGUGCAUGCAAGUAUUUGGUAACCGUUUGCAACAGAUGGCUUCGAAAUAGACCGAACACUUCAAACAUGGCCAUAACUGAAAUCACAUUCUUCUCAGGAUUUCAACCUAUGCAAAGAGAAUUGAAGCAUCUUGUGAACAGUAACCGUUGUAACACUAAGAGGACCGAAUUCAAGAAACGCUCUCUCAGCAUAUACUUUGAAGAGGUUUCACAAACAAAAUGUUGUUUUUACAUAACAAUGAAAAGGGCUUCAGUUGUAGAAGAUCUCCAAGGCGUACCCAUCAUUACCUACAGCUACUAUGAGCCUGAUCAGAGGGGAGGAACAAUGCUAUAUCCUCGUCAAGAAUGCCCUUGAAGGAAAAGCGUUAUGCUUUUGAACCAAUUGUGUGUCUGUCUUCAUGAUAUCUCUGUGCUGUGUUGCUUGAAAAGAUACUCCUCGUCAAGAAUGCCUUUGAAAGAAAAGCGCUAAGCUGUUGAACCGAUAAUGUGUUCGUUUCCUAUGCAUAAAUGUGCUGUGUUGCUUGGAAACAAUACUAAACCUCAAUUGAGUAAAAUCAAAUAUAUAACCGCUGCACUACAA